CUGUUCUUUUUGCGGAUACAGACUAACACAGCUGCAACCCUGAAACCUGUCAUUUAGGGGAGGGUUAUGGGGCAGUUCUAUGGACCACCACUAGGUGGGGCACAGUUUCCUCUUCUUUACCUUGGGACUUUGCAGGUCCAGAACCUGACAUCUGGGGAAGAAAGAAGCAAACCAGGCAGGUCUCCAGUUCAUGUAUUUUAUUUACUAAAUUCAGCAAAAAGCAUGGACAAGUCACAUUGAGAAAGUGGGUUAGUAGCAAGCGACGAUCCGGGUUAUUUAAUCCAACAAUUCCCUCUAAGCUCGGUGUGAUACUGUGGGAAGGCAGCCGUCCUGCAUAGCCGUCCGCCCCAAGGGAGCAGCAUUAUGAAUCUCGGUGCCAGUCGAUAGCUUUAUUCCUGUUGAAUAGUGAUUCAGGGAGGGCCAAAAUCACCCCCCAGCCAAAUCCGCGCACGGUUCCGUGUAACAAGCCGUGUUGGUUGGAGUUCUAUUGGGACGUUUCGUUUACAAUUCAAGUGACAAAUGUAGGUGAAAACCACGUGAUUUCUCAGGAUUAAACAUACAGCUCCUAACCCAGGAGAUAUGCAUACGAUCUCCUGGACAAGGAGGCUGUUUCCCCUAGGGCAGUCAGGAGUUUGAGAGCUGUUGUACAGGUGCCACUCUCACCUAACUUCUCUGGGGCCCAGCCCCACUGCACGCUGGUGUGCUCGCUACCAGCCAUGUGCUGGAGCUUAAACCCUAUGUGCACGAAGGGGGGGUAGCAGCAGCCCUCUGCUGGUAAGUUGGAAGAGAAGAGCAAACCCCGAAGGAUGGUGGUUGUGACUCUCGGUUGGUUCAGCCGCCGGAAGCUGGGCUGGGGUAAUACCCAGUGCUUUUAUCACUGACUCGGAAGGUCUUGCUGGCUCCUAGAGGUUACUUGCUGGCAGGUGUCAAAGCUUAGCGGCUGUCUGUGGCUAGACUCCUACCCUUCCCUGGCCAGCGGGGAGGGUGGGGGAAACACAAUCCUCUCUCCAGGCAUGAUGGCAUCAGGUGGCCAGAGACUGCUGGACAGGAGCGGCAAGGCCAGGCAAGCAAAGCUUGGCCUGGCUGUCUUCUCCCCUUUGGAAGCCCCUCAGUAAAUCCUCACCCGAGAUCACAGGAUCACCAAAAGGGCUUGAUUAGGUCCCCCUUAUGCAAAUGAGAGCCUACCCACUGCAGACAUUGCAGGCCCCAAAUCCAAGAGUCUGUCCAGGCAGUCAGCAGGUCCCCAGGUAUUUUGAGGUUCUGGAAACAUGGAUCAGGCGACCGGCCUACGACAGUCAACUCCUGAGUCAUUUAAACUGUAAAGCUAGCAGAGAGCUGACCCUGAAAUGCUGGGCAGUCCCGGCUCCCACGCUCGCUCAGCCGUGCACAGAGAGCGACGUGCCGUACACCUCCCCCCAUCCCUUAGUACUCAGCAGCUCAGCUUUGAGCAGAGUUGUUUGCUCUGCGGAAUCCAGCGACGGGUUAGUCUCUAACUCGGAGCAGGAAGUCCUGUCCUCCUCAGCUCCCAAUCCGGAGCUGCCAUCUUUACCUGCAGGGAGCUCCUUAGCCUGCCUGCCUGAGCAGGUGCCUUGUCUGCUCAGGGCAUGGAGGUGUCGUCUCGCCCGCCCCGGAGCUGGCACCAUGACCUUGACCAAGGGCUCCUUCACCUACUCAAGCGGGGAGGAGUACUGCGGGGAGUGGAAGGAAGGCCGCAGGCACGGCGUUGGCCAGCUAACGUUUGCGGAUGGCAGCACCUACCUGGGUCACUUUGAGAACGGGCUGUUCCAUGGCUGCGGAGUGCUCACCUUCUCCGAUGGCUCCAGGGCUCCUGACCUUCCCCGACGGCUCCCAUGGGGCGCCCCGCAGUGAAGGCUUCUUUGAGAACAACAAGUUGCUGCGGCGGGAGAAGUGCCCGGCCGUGAUCCAGAGAGCUCAAAGUGCCUCCAAGUCCGCACACAACCUCCCAGCGUGACCGUGCCGCCACGGGACUCCACUGCCGCUGGCCGGCCUGGCCUCCAAGAGCCUGCGGGCAGGAGCUGCGGUGCCCAGCCAGGCCGGGUAGGGGUGUUGGCAGAGCCAUGGCUGGCUGUGUCCCUCCUGCUGGCUACAGCACUUCCUCCAAGUGCCCGGGUCCUGGGGGCUCCGAGUGCUGCCCCCCGCCCAGGGGGAGACAGGAGACCCCCUUCCCUGGGGCUCUGCUCACUGCCUUGGGACCCUCCAUACAGACACCUGGGCCCAGCCCCCGCAGCCAGCCCUGCUGCUGUGCUGUGUGGGGCAGUGGAGGGGGCAAUCUGCCAGGGCCUUGGGGCCUGGGGUUAGCAGGGGAUGCAGCUGGGAGCUGCUGCACCUGCUUCCCCAAAGCCAGGCAUGACGGGCAGGGGGUAGUGCCCAGUCGGUGCCCCCCAAGCUCAGCGGGAAUAGUGCCCCUCCCCAGCAGGGUGCUGACACAGGCCUGACUUCGCUAGUGGGAUGUGGCCGUGGCAGGGAGCUGGUAUCUCCCUGCCCCUUGUUCUGAUGCUGGGGGCAGGGCAAGGCUCCCCCUUCCCUUGCUCUGGGUGUCCUGGCCCCAUGGCCCGUGCCUCCCCCUCAGCUCUCCCAGGGGCAUCUGGCCUGAGCAGGCCCACGGCUCCUCUCAGCCGUGCCCUGGACAGCGAGACUUGGGGGGCUGUCCGGUCUCUAUUGCCUGUCAGUGCCUUGGCACAGGGUCGGGCAAGGGCUGUGAGCGCUGAAGGGCUCCGGGGGCGCUGUGAGUCUGCACCGCCCGCGCUCACGCUCUCCCUUCAACAGUCUCCCUUCAGCCCUAGUGAGCACUGGGGCCUGCUGCAGCCUGGUGAGUGCCGGUGUCUGGGGGGCCGCAGGGCAGGGGCAGGGCUGGGCUGCAGCCCUGGAGGGCUAGAAGAGCAGGGGCUGAGGGACAUCAGCAGUGUGAGGUGGGGGGAGCCAGGGCUGGGCUCAUGGGGCAGUGGGCAGGAUGGGGGGGCACCAGCGGAGCUGCACACGGGACUCCCCCCUUCCCCACUACUGCUUGUCUCUGGUGUCGGUUCUGCUGGGAGCAGUAGCCGUCACUCCUGAUGCUGGUGCAGGGAGCCCGGGGCCUGGCCUGGCUGGGGGGGGUGUGAACAGCCCUGGCCGCGCUGCUGCUGCCCUCGUGCCUUGCUGUGUCCUCCCCCGCGCCGCCCCCGCGGGGCCUCGGCAAAUAAACCGUGUUGCCAAA